AUGCAAAUGCGUACAUUCGUGCUCUUCUCUCUGUUUUCAUUGUGUGCUUCCGUGCUCUCGGAGACAACAACCCCAAAAGUUGUCGAAAUCAGUGGCGACGCCGACGGAAUCCUCAAUUUACUGAAGCGAGUGAUGGAAGCGAGUCGGCGAGAAAACAUUAAUCAACAUUUUAGAGGUUUCCACACUUUUCCCCCCUUUUUUCUUAUCAUUCGUGCCUUGCAGUUCGCACUGUCGACGGGAACGUUAUCAUGGAAUCGGUCGACUACAAACCGGGCGGUGCACUUGAUUAUUUGAAUUGA